UCGGUGUCCAUCCUUCCAGGCCCUGCUCCCGACGCCCAUCCUCCCUGCUUCUUUGGUCGCUCUGAUUAUUCCGUCAUUGAUCCGUAGAUCUGUCAUCAUCCCUCGCCGCCAGGCUGAAUCCGUCGUCUCAUCCAAAUCAUUACAAUCCUUUGCCGCCGCCCUUGGUCAUCAACCGGGGCAAAUCAACAAAAGCAUAUCCCAAUGGCCCCAACAAGGAUCUUGCGAUUCGCUCGCACAGAUGACACGUCUGCAUUCGUGCUUCUGCAAGUCACACCCAAGGGCUCACGGGCCUUGGACCUCAAGCUGGUGGGCACUGAGGGGGAGGCGCCAUAUACCGUUUCAUUGAAACAAGAUCGAGUAUCUUCACUCAGAGUCCAGAAUUGUCCUGCUUCAGAGUCGGAAUGGCAAGCAAUUCUCGAGUCGUUGUUCAAGCAGGAACCGCUCCCAGAUAUCCAAGCGACGGCGACAGUCCAAAGUGAAGCGUCGAUAUCAAUCACCAUCCGGAAGGAGACCCAGGGUAUUACACAACGCCUGGGCGCCAUUGCUCUGGAGCACGAUCCCGAUGAGGCCAUCGAAUUGUUCGAGUGGUGCGGGGCCGCCGUUGAGGCUUCGGCCGCGGGCAAACAGGACGUCGCCGACUUGAGAGUCAAAUCGCAUGACUCGGAGGCUGCUGUAGCCCAACUCAAGUCCCAGCUCGAGGAACUGAUCCAAGCUAAGGACAAAGAUGAGACAGUGUUGCUACAGAAGUUCCGGGAUCUUCUAAAUGAGAAGAAAGUCAAGAUUCGCGAGCAGCAGCAGGUUCUAGCAACUAGUUCUUUCAAUGCUAGUCAUCCGGGCUCCUCCCAACCAUCUCAGCCCCCUGCACCGACUCGGGCUGCUGAGCCAGCAAAACCAGCUCGGAAAGCUGGUCAGUCUAGAACUACGAAAAGAAAAACGCCGCCGUCGAAGAUGGUCAAAGAGGAGUCUGAGGAUGAUGCUGGUGUUCAGGCAAUGGACGUCGACGUCAAAGAAGAGGUGGAGGACACUGAUCCUGGAAACACUACGGAGGCCACCGCAUCCGGAGCAAGUGAUGAGGAUGAGGAUGAUAAUAAUGAUGAUGAUGACGACGAUGAUCCUCCGACAAAUACCAUGGAAUCAACUUCCCAGCGUCGGGCAGAACCCCAAAAGCUACCCGCUAAAAAGGGAACAGAUGCGCCUCCGCCGAGGAGAGACCUACCUUUUAACAAUAAGCCGGCUCUAGCUCCUGCGGGAAGCGAAACCGAUUCCGACGAUGAGCUAUAAGCUGCAUAUUUCACAUUUUCAGCCGUUAAGCGGGCAUUAGUCAUUUUUAUGGGAUG